UUUCCUGUGACUCACUGUUAGUAUUUUCCCUUUAUCUUCUUCUCGCUCUCCUUAGACUUGGUAAACAUCUCCUUCCUUCCUUUUCAUCCUCCUCCAUUGCCUAUCUUCAUACCAUCUCGCACACUCUCCGCUCUCUGCUCUAACAUACUUGCUCAGUCUACCCCACCAUCCCUCCAUCUUUCCACAAUGUGUCCCGGUGCAGACAAUGAGCCCAAUGGGCAAGGCAAUGGCGCUCCCACCAAUGCCAAUGGUGAACACCCCGGCUUCACUGCCGUCGAGACCCGCCAGAACCCUCACCCCUCCGCAACUCGCAACCCCUAUGGCCACAAUGUCGGCGUGACCGAUUUCCUCAGCAAUGUCUCGCGCUUCCAGAUCAUCGAGAGUACGCUCCGUGAGGGUGAGCAGUUCGCCAACGCUUUCUUUGACACCCAGAAGAAGAUCGAGAUCGCCAAGGCUCUCGAUGAGUUUGGUGUCGACUACAUUGAGCUUACCAGCCCCUGCGCUUCCGAGCAGUCGAGACAGGACUGCGAGGCCAUCUGCAACCUCGGUCUCAAGGCUAAGAUCUUGACUCACAUUCGUUGCCACAUGGAUGAUGCUCGCGUCGCCGUCGAGACUGGUGUUGAUGGAGUUGAUGUCGUUAUUGGAACUUCCUCCUACCUCCGGGAGCACUCCCACGGCAAGGAUAUGACUUACAUCAAGAACGCCGCCAUCGAGGUCAUCGAAUUCGUCAAGUCCAAGGGCAUUGAGAUCCGAUUCUCCAGCGAGGACUCUUUCCGUUCGGAUCUGGUUGACCUGCUGUCCAUCUACUCUGCCGUUGACAAGGUUGGCGUGAACCGUGUUGGUAUCGCCGAUACCGUCGGUUGCGCUUCUCCCCGUCAGGUCUACGAGCUCGUCCGUGUCCUGCGAGGUGUUGUGGGAUGUGACAUCGAGACUCACUUCCACAACGAUACUGGUUGCGCCAUUGCCAACGCCUACUGCGCUUUGGAGGCUGGUGCCACCCACGUCGACACUUCCGUCCUCGGUAUCGGCGAGCGUAACGGUAUCACCCCUCUUGGUGGUCUCAUGGCCCGCAUGAUGGUUGCCGACCCCGAAUACGUCAAGAGCAAGUACAGGCUGGAGAAGAUCAAGGACAUCGAGGAUCUCGUGGCCGAGGCUGUUGAGGUGAACAUUCCCUUCAACAACUACAUCACCGGUUUCUGUGCCUUCACCCACAAGGCCGGUAUCCACGCCAAGGCCAUCCUCAACAACCCCAGCACCUACGAGAUCAUCAACCCUGCCGACUUCGGAAUGUCCCGAUACGUCCACUUCGCUUCUCGUCUGACGGGCUGGAACGCCAUCAAGUCUCGUGCUCAGCAGCUGAACAUUGAGAUGACCGACAACCAGUACAAGGCGUGCACGGCCAAGAUCAAGGCUCUUGCCGAUAUCCGACCCAUUGCCGUCGAUGAUGCCGACAGUAUCAUCCGCGCCUACUACCGCAACAUCAAGUCCGGAGAGGACAAGCCCCUUCUUGAUCUGACGGCUGAUGAGCAGGCUCAAUUUGCCGCCAAGGAGAAGGAACUGGCUGCCCAGGCUGCCAACGGCAUCCCCGUCUAGACUUGAUGCCUUUUGCCUUUCUCUUUAUUUCUCUUUGCAAUUCCUCUUGGAUUUCUAUACCUGUCGGAAGUAAACUUCCCCGUGUCUUUCUAGAGCUUUGAUCAUACUCCUUCAGCGGCUCCUCAGAAGAGAAGAUCUUUUUUUUUCCCUUUUGCUUGUCUUUUUCCUUUUCCUUUAUGAUUUGAUGUUAUGUGUUUCGGGAUUCAUUGGUUAUGGGGUGUUUAAAAGCCGUCUUUUGUUGUCUCAAUGAGAAAAAAAAGAAAAGGAUGGAAAUAUCGGUGUUGUUUGUUUCCUGGAAGAACUUUGUAUAUACGCAGGUCGCGAAGUGGUUGGCUGCAUUUCCUACAAUAAACCGAAUGCCAAAUUUCGGCAGCUUUCA